AAACAAUAAAAACCUUUUAAAAUGUCUGAUAUUUUUUUGUUAAAAUCAGUAAUAAAUACAGGUGUUGUUUUAAUAUAAAUACUUUGAUUGUUGCCUUUUUUGUGAUUGCUUUUUUGCCUAUCACUUAGCAUUCUAUGGGUUAUAUUAUUGAUCUGUUUCAUGGUUACCACGUUAUAUGAUACUUCAAAAUGACUAUAGCUCAAAAUUCUUCAACCAAAAAUUGCAACUCGAUUUCCUCAUUGAAAUAUUCUCCAUAUACCCAAUUGGAUACUAUUAAAUCUUCUGCUCUAUCUCCCCUACGUUUCACUGUUUACUAUGGCACUUUAGUUCAUACUCCGCAAUUAGGUGAAAUUGAAAUAUUACCAAGUUGCUCAGUUGGAGUUGAUUUAGAUGGUGUAAUUGUCUUUAUUAAUAAAAAUUCAUCUAAUCCAACUAAAGAUGCUUUAGAUUACAAUCCCAAUUUAAGCGUCUCGGAGAUUGAUUUAUUUAAUAUAACUUCAAACCCUUAUUCAUUUUUUUUUCCAGGUUUUGUUGAUACUCAUAUCCAUGCCCCACAAUAUCCAAACUGUGGUAUAUUUGGCAACGCAACUUUAUUGGACUGGUUAACUACUUAUACUUUUCCCUUGGAGGCCUCAUUUAAAAAUCUUCAAAUUGCAAACGAUAUUUAUUCGAAAGUUAUUAAAAAAACAUUAUACAAUGGCACAACAACUGCCUCAUAUUUUGCUACAAUCGAUCCAAAUGCAACAAAUUUAUUAGCCAACUUAUGUUUCCAAAAUGGUCAGAGAGGUUUAAUUGGCCGAGUUUGCAUGAAUGAUAAUUCGCCUGAUUAUUAUGUUGAAGAUCUAAAUCAAUCGAAAUCAUCAACUGAAAAGGUCUUGAAUCAUNUCAAACAUUUAAACAAAAUUCAAAACUCGAUUUCAAGAACUAAUAAAAUUGAGGAAAAUAUCGUAUUACCAAUUAUAACUCCAAGAUUUGCUCCAAGUUGCACUUCAAAUUUAUUAAACUGGCUUGGUGAUCUAUCCAAAAAGAAUGAUCUACACAUUCAAACUCAUAUUUCGGAAAAUAAGAAUGAAAUCCAAUGGGUUAAACAAUUAUUCCCAAGCUCCAAAAAUUACACGUCAGUUUACGAUGACCACAAUUUAUUAACUUCAAAAACAGUUCUAGCUCAUGCAAUUCAUUUAAACAAUGAUGAAAAAAAAUUAAUUAAAUUAAAAAAAUCGGGAAUAUCUCAUUGCCCAAUUUCAAAUUCCUCAAUUACUUCGGGCGAAGCCAGAAUUCGUUGGCUAUUAGAUGAUUCAAUUAAUGUGGGUUUGGGUACCGAUGUGUCUGGUGGAUUUGCUCCCUCGAUUCUUUCGACUGCUCGCCACGCUUUAUUGGUUUCUAGGCAUUUGUCUAUGAAAACAUUUGAAGAGCACGAUAAAUUGUCAGUCAACGAUGUCCUAUAUUUAGCUACAUUGGGUGGAGCAAAAGUGUUGAGUUUGGAAGAGUUGAUAGGAGAUUUCCACGUUGGUAAGAAAUGGGAUUGCCAAUUGAUUAAUCUCCGAGAAAGGGAUUCCCAGGUAGAUAUCUUUAGCUGGCAAUUACCGAAAUAUUUCCAUAAUAAGUUGGAAAGAGAAUUUAUUGGAAAUGAUAAGGAACAAGCUAGUAGUGAUAUAAUUGAUUCCAGUGAUAACUUAAAGCUCUCGGCAAGUGAAAAAUUACAACUUGAUGAUACCAAUAAUAUAAAUUCUGAUGAUGAUUAUGAUGACGAUCUUGAUUAUGAUUUAUUAGAAAACGGGGAUUUGGUUCUGGAGGAUAAAAUACUAUUUGAAAAUAUAAUAGCCAAAUGGUUAUUUAACGGUGAUGAUCGAAACACCACAAGGGUUUGGGUAAAUGGUAGAUUAAUAAUUGAUAAAUCUUCUUGUUAGCUGUUUUGUAGGGCGACUCUUUUUAAUAUUCCACAUUAAUAUUCCACAUUAAUAUUCCACAUUAUUAUUUCACAUUAUUAUUUAGUUCAAUGUCAAAAUAUACAGAAUCUUGAUUUGGUGUUCAAUCAACUAUCCAGAACUGGUAAAUUAGACUAGUUUCUUCUAUUAUAUCGAU